AUGGCCCUUUAUCUCAAAACAGCGUUGGUGGGGGACAGCAGCAUUGGGAAGACGUCUUUGAUGGUUAAAUAUGUGGAAGGUUCAUUCGAUGAAGACUACAUACAAACGCUAGGCGUAAACUUUAUGGAAAAGACUAUAUCCAUACGCCAGACUGAAAUUACUUUCUCCAUUUGGGAUCUAGGUGGCCAACGCGAAUUCGUCAACAUGCUCCCACUCGUUUGCAAUGACGCAGUUGCAAUUCUCUUCAUGUUCGAUCUUUCCAGGAAGAGCACCCUUAAUUCGAUAAAAGAGUGGUACAGACAGGCUAGAGGGUUUAACAAAACUGCAAUCCCUUUCCUCGUAGGUACCAAGUUCGAUGUAUUCGCUGGUCUGCCUAAGGAAGAUCAGGAGGAGAUAACCAAGCAGGCAAAGAGAUUCGCAAAGGCUAUGCACGCUCCUCUCAUCUUCUGCUCCACUUCGCACUCCAUUCACGUACAGAAAAUAUUCAAAAUUGUUCUCUCAAAGGCUUUCGAUUUGAAAUGUACAAUUCCAGAGGUUCAUGAACCGGGUGAACCUUUGCUCAUUUACAAGGACUAA